AUGAGCGACAAAGUAUACUGCAUCACCGGCACCAAUCGAGGCCUAGGCCUCGAAUUUGUCCGGCAACUCGCCGCGAACAAAUCCAACGCCAUCAUUGCCACCGUCCGCAAUGCCUCCACAGACCUGAGCGAUCUCAAGUCUGUAGUUUCUCCCUCAACACACAUUCUAGUCUGCGACACCAGCGAUCCUGAGUCCAUCGCAUCUUUUACGUCGGAAGUGACCUCGGUCCUAGCCGGCCGUAAGAUCGAUUUUCUCCUGCACGUCGCAGGUGUCAAUGCCCACCCGGAACAGACCUGCUUGUCCAUGAGUGUAGACGCGCUCCACACAAAUCUACAAGCCAAUGUCAUCGGGCUCGCGACGACAACACAAUUGCUCCUAAACAGCGGAACGCUGGGCCCAGACGUGCGGAUUCUAAACAUGACGUCCGGCCUGGGCAGCUUGACCAAGUCUCAGGGGAUAACGCCCCGCAAAUGUCUGCCCUACAGCAUCUCCAAGGCAGGUGUGAAUAUGCUCACGGUACACCAGGCCUCGGACCUGAAGGAGGCGGGACUACCUGGGGUGGUGGUGCUCGCGGUAGACCCCGGGUGGGUGAAGACUCGGAUGGGCGGGGACGGUGCGGUGCUGGAGCCGGCAGAGAGCAUUGCCGGCGUGUUGAAGGUUUUGCACGGGGCAAAGCAGGGCGACAAUGGGAAGUUCUACAGCUAUGAUGGGUCCGAGGUUCCCUGGUGA